UGCUAUCUGAUAUCCUGGUAUUUGGCUACAGAUUUCCAAAUGUUUAUCUUUGCUCCAGCAAUUUUGAUACCAUUAGCCAUCAAACCUGUACUGGGCUUUAUUUCUGCAGCUCUAAUAUUUACUUUUUCAACUGCUGGUAAUAUGGUUACCAUCUUUCAUUACUAUUUUCCACCAUCAGAUUUUAGCCUUGGUAAACAAGAUCCGCGAAUGAAAGACUUUAAUCUCUAUACAAUGAUGGUUUAUGACGCUCCAUGGAUACGAUGUCAAGUUUAUAUUAUGGGCUUGUUGGUUGGCUAUUUUCUGCAAACCAAGAAAAAGCUUCGUAUUCCAUUCCUGGUAAACAUAAUACUUUGGAUUCUAUCACUUGGUUUGGGAUUAACUGUUCUGUUUGUGCUUCGAGAUUGGGUUACUGGUGACCAUACUUAUAAGCCUGUAGAAAGUGCUUUCUACUCGGCUUUUAGCAAAAUCGGUUGGGGUCUCUCCUUAUCUUAUAUUGUAAUAUCUUGUUAUUAUGGUCAUGGAGGCUUUCUUGACCGGUUCCUGUCAUGGGGUGUUUGGGCUCCAUUGGGAAGGUUAUCCUACUGCUGUUAUUUAGUUCAUUUUAUGAUUAUAUUUUACCUGUUGGGAAUGGGAAACAACCAGUUAAUCUUCACCAACUUUUCUCAUACGGUACGACAAACAUUAGAAUAA